CCGGUUCACAACACCACUCGCUGUGCACAAAUUAUUUGAUUAAUACUAUUUUUAGAUUUUUGGCAAAGAGGACCUACAUUAAUUAUGUUGAAAUUUGCAACGAGACAUAUACAGAUUUCAAGAAUCUAUGAAUAUUACAAUUUCAUCUGUGAACCAUAAUAACCCAAUAGGAAACUUCAAAAAUCAGAAAACCUUAGACCGAAACCGCCAAAUUCUUUUCAGUUUUUCUAAUGCAUUACAAAUUCUGUUUAAAAUUUAACCUGGAUUCAAUUAACUUUAUUAGUUUCAUUCAAAGCGAUUAUUUUUCGUAAUCAAAGAAAAAGCCUUCAACGUUGAUACUCGCAACAAAACAUUUGAAUGUGUGUAAUUAAGGCACCAGGUUUUGGUGGAAGGGAACUACUUUUUCAACAAUACAAUGACAUACAAAAUGUUGAAAUGUUUUCCAGUAACAAUAGCCGCAGUAUUGUGCCUCGUGUCUUGCAAUCCACAGCCGUCUAUAUAUUACUACGAGAGAGCACAACCGUUAUAUUCAGCUCCGUAUGAAAGGAUCAUCCGCUAUUAUCCAGCUGAUAAUAUUAAAGCAAUUUAUCGGAACGCAAACAACUUCAGAAGCCGGCCUUACGAUACAAGACGAAUGCACGUGGGGGACCAUGUCGGGGCAGAGAGCCGAGGCACAGGAAGCUACCGGAUGCUGUCCCCAGCCGACGCAGAACUUCAAUGUCGCUUUCCCGAUAGUGAAAAUAUCGUAUCGAACGUCGUUUGGCUUCGAGGCGACCCGAGAAGGCUGUACCGGGUGAGCGACGCCCGCAACGGCGUCCUGUACUACCCUAAAGGAUCAGUUCUGUAUCUGAAACAAGUCACGCCUUAUGACGCCGGUUUGUACCGCUGCAUGGCAACGGCGAGGAAUCCCGACAAUGGCAAAACACACACUGUAUUCCAAGACGUCGAUUUCUACCCACGUGUCUAGUGUUCGCUUCCAAUAAACAAUAACUACGGGUGUUGAAUGUGCUUUUUGUGCAUUAUCAUGUCUCGAUGUGUUAAGCAGCUGUUAUGAGGACUCAUCCGGUCUAGAAAACAGAGAUUAACGGCCGUGGGGAUUCGUUGCUCUGACCACGCGACAUCCUCUAUCCGCUAA